AUGGGAAAUUGUUGCUGUUCAAAUAAUUGUGAUGAUGUUAACAUACCAUUAUCAUCCACUACACCUACUAACCAAAAUAAUACAAUAAACACAGCAAAUUCUGAUGAUCUGAUUGAAUUUAUAUUAUCUAACAAUAAUGACGAGUACCCAUUGCCUAAUGAUAAAAGGUUGAAUGAGAUUGACCCAUUGGAAUUGCCGCAUUAUUUAAAUCGACAAAUAUGGAAUGCCAAUUUUACAUCUCCAAUACACAUGUCUUUGUCCAAUAAAAGAUUUCAUGUUUUAGAUUUUGGCUGCGGAAAAGGAACUUGGAUACUAGACAUGGCGACAAAGUAUCCAAAUUCAAAUUUCAUAGGAAUUGACAAAUCGCUAAUUUAUCCACCACGAGACCGUAUAAAACAAAUGAACGUGACAUUCUUAUAUUUAAAGUCUUUAGAGGACAAAUUGACAUUUGAUAAAAACGCUUUUCAUUUCGUACAUUUGAGAUAUUUGAAUUUAGAUUUACCUAAAGCGAAUUGGACAAUUUUAAUAAAUAAACUUUUAAAGGUUUUGAAAAAACCUAGUGAUGGUGACGAUGGUUAUAUUGAGAUUUGUGAAUGGGAUUUAGUAACUUUUAAUAGUGGACCUGUUACCAAAACAUUAUUUAAAUUUGGUAUUGAGCCAAUUAUAGGCGAAACACUUGAACAGUUAUUAAAAGAAAAAACAGACCAUCUAACAGAUAUAACAGUCCAAAAAAAAUAUUUUCCAAUUGGUAGUUGGCCAAGAAGAUUAAAAAGAAUUGGUAGUUUAAAAUUGAAAGAAUUAUUGAAAUUAUUAAAUAAUCUCAAACCACAUUUAUUAAAUUGUAUGGGAAUAAAUGAUAAAGAAUUUGAUGACAUGAUAAAAAGUUUUAUUAAAGAAGUUGAUAUUCAUAAAACUUUUGGUCAAGAAAUUAGAAUUUAUGCUAGGAAAACCUAA